AUGCGUGACAAGGCCCCCAUCUCCCGCGUCAGCUUGGCCUGCCUGGCCUGCCGGUCGAAGAAGACGAGAUGCGGAGGCCAGAAGCCUGUCUGUGACAACUGCGCCCGGGCCAGCCUGGAGUGCUCCUAUGAUCCGCGGACUGACCAGCGCAAGCCUUACUCCAAGGCCUUUGUCAGCACACUCCAGGCACGCAUCAACUCGCUGGAAAAGGAGCUGGAGAGAAACGCGCGGGAGCAACGCCGGCCGCCCCAGAGCCGCGCGUCCAAGUCGUUGCGGUCGACUGCAAACCCCGAAGAGGCAGCAGCGGGGCAUGCCGAAGACGGCGAAGUUCCUGCCUCGGGAUCCAACAGAGGCCUUCUGCGCGCCGCUGACAGCGCUCUUUCGGCCACAGCGGCGGUGGCGCCCCUCUUCUCUUCUUCUUCUUCCUCCUCCUCUUCUCCAGCCCCCGCUUCCACCAGCGCGCUCCACGACACGGAGCUGGUCGGCCAGCUGGCCAGGCGGGGUGGCAACCUUCUUCGCCACCGGGAUGCCGGUGCAGUAGCCGAAGGCACCUUUCGCUUCUAUGGCGCCUCAUCGGGCCGCAACUUCCAGCUGGCGCACUGCUCUAAGCCCUUUAGCUUCUCCCGCAUCGCCCGCGCCUCUCGAAGACGCCUCUCGGCCCUGGGGCUUCCCCUCGAUGUCGAGACCGCAGAGCCGGCACAGGAGCUCUAUUCAGACUACUUUGAGCGCGCCAAUUCGAUCCUCAUGCUCCUCGACGAGGCCAUCUUCCGGCGGCACUUGGCGCUCGACACCGACCAGGCCACACACGCCUCUUGCUUUCUUCUCAAUGCUGUCUGCGCUGUCGGCGCCUUUGUUGGGCCGCGUAGAGCCGAGCAGCAGGACGAGACGAUUGCCGAGACACAGAGGACUCAGCUGUGCGAGACACAUCUCGAGCGGGCUCGCGCACUCAUCGACGUCGAGGACGAGUUUCCGCAGCUGACGACGAUCCAGGGGCUCGUCCUGCUGGGCUACUGCGAGGCAGCUCGAGGUCGCGAGUCGCGUGGCUGGCUCUACACGGGCAUGGCGGCUCGCAUCGCCCUCGAGCUGGGCAUCCCGCGCGACUCGCACGAGUACGUCGAGGCCGGCUGGAUGACCACCGAGGACCUCGUCGCACGCCACCGGACCCUCUUUGCCCUCUACACGCUCGAGAAUCUCCUGUCGCUCUUCCAUGGCCGCCCGCCGUGCCUCGACGCCUCCGUCAUCUCUGCCACGGCGCCCUCGUUUCGCAACCUGCCACCCAAAGCGCUGUCGACUCCCUGCCCCGUGGCGCGCAACAGAGGCGCAGCAUGCCACAGCUGCCGCGGCUUUGAUGCCGACGGCUGCUACGCCAGCAUGUUUGAGCUGACAAACUACUCGGUCGAGAUCUUUGACCGCCUCUAUGUGAACCCGAUUCUCAAGGGCGGCGACGCCAGCGCGCGAUGGACCGGCUGGGCCAGCGACCUGAAUCUGCGGCUGGCCCAGUGGAACGCAGACCUGCCUCGGGCGCUCAAGUGCUCCCUCACACGCGGCCAGAUCCCCGCGCCGCGGGCCAUGUUCUUGCAGCUCGUCUACCACGCGCUGGUGAUCCUUCUCAACCGCCCCUUUCUGGCUCUGGGCGCCAACAUGCUCGAGGCCGCCUUCUCUGCCAAGGCCUGCCACGUUGCCUCGCGCGCCAUUGCCGUGCUGGCAGCCGAGCUCGACGCUCGCCACGGGCCCAGGCUGGCGCACAACUACGUCGUCUUUGUCGUCCACACGGCCAUCACCGUCAGCCUGCUCAAUGCAAAGUCGAGCACGGGCACGGUGCGCCGCGAGGCGCGCAACGACCUGCACUCGCUCGUCGCCACGCUGCGGUCCCUGUCGCUUGUCCACCUCAACGCCGUCUCAGUUCUCCGCCUGGUCACGGCCCUCGUCCGCCGCACUUUCUCAGAAGAGACGGCGUUUGCCGAGCAGGUCUGCGACGCCACUCUCACAAGCAACAAGCGAGACUCUCGCAGACAGUCACGCGCGACGAGCAAUGGCCACGGCUCAGUCGAGUCAGCCGAGGAAGGGCAGAUGAUGCCUCUCAGUGGGUCAUCAGCAGCAGGCCAAGGACACCUCUCAGGCCAUGGCGCUACUGCAGCAGCAGCAGCGAUUCCCAUGCAAAACGGCGCCGUCCUGCCGGGCGACCUGUCAUUCAGCGACGCAGACCUGUCCCACUUUGCCUUUGUUGACUGGGACUCGCACGAAGCGCUCGGCUUCGGCGACAACAUCAUCGCAGGCAUCGACAUCCAGCCCUGGCUGGGGCCAUCUGCAACUUAG